UCAUUCAAUUCAAUGUAAAAAAAAUACAGUUUUGAUAAGAAAUAAAAGAGUGUGAUUGAACCCUAAAAUCAUUUUGCAAACUCAGAGUAGCAAUCGCAGAGAGCGAUGGAUCAUUACACUUCUCCUGGAGGAAGCUGGACCAUGAUCCCAACCCACAAUUCCAAUACCCAAUCCCAAUCUCAACCCAAUCAGGACCCAAAUCUCUAUCUCCAUCAACAGCAACAACAGUUUCUCCAUCAACAACAACAACAAACUUUUCAGCAACCACAAACACCUCAAUCUCAAUCCCAAUUUCAACAACAACAGCAACAGCAGCAGCAGCAGCUUUAUCAGCAACAGCAGCGCCUUCUCCAACAGCAACAACAGCAGCAGCAGCAGAGCAUUCAUCAAUCGCUUGCCUCUCACUACCAACUCUUACAUUUGGUGGAGAAUUUGGCUGAGGUUGUCGAUCAUGGAACCCCAGAUCAGCAAUCAGAAGCAUUGAUCACUGAAUUGACCAACCGCUUUGAGAAGUGCCAGCAGCUGUUGAACUCAAUCUCUGGCUCCAUUAGCACCAAGGCCAUGACGGUUGAGGGACAGAAGAAGAAGCUAGAGGAAAGCGAGCAAUUGCUAAAUCAGCGCAGAGACUUGAUUGCCGAUUACAAGAAAUCUGUGGAGGAGCUUGUUAGGUCUGAGCCAUAACAGCCUGUUAUUUUUCAGAUAGAUCUUGGUGUAGAUAUGGAAUCCAAACUAUUCAGUUCCCAGAGAACCUCUUAGCACUGAACUACCUUGGAGAUUAAAGCUUAUGCUACGGAUUUAAAAUUCGACAGAUAUUCUGCAAGUUACUUAUCUUGUUUUGGCUCCUGGGUGUUGUUGAGCUUGAUAUAUCCAUGAAACAAGGUCAAGGAGUACAAAGCAAAAUUUCCUGACUGAGUGUCUUUCUAUUCACUUCUGUUGGCUGUAUUGGAGAGGCAGGGCAUUAUAGAAUGAUUAGUUUGGUAAUUUGUAGGAAUACAAUGUAACUGGUAUAAUGGUUAGCUCAUGCUCUGUACUUUUCUAAUGUUGGAUAAGGACUUGCCAGUAGUGGAUUUCAGAAUUUUCUUUUAUAGAAUAUAAACUAAAUAAGAAAAUCAUAAUUUAAUGGAUGCGAGGCACAUGUAAAUUUGCUGUU